AAACGCCCAUGGAGACUGUUCAUAGAAACCAGACAUAACACACCUCUGACAGCUGCAGAACAUGGACUCGACGAAUAAACAGAGCUCAAUUAACGAACUUCAGGAGCAAAUUCGCUCUCUGACUGACGAAAAUGUACAGCUGCGGGAACGAAAUGAAGUUCUGUUUAGUAAGCUUGACUCGGCCCAGAACAAACUGGGCCUGCAGGCUGCGUCAAAGAGCGACCUGUCAGUCAAACUGGUCCAGUGUGAGGAAGACAAACUGAAGAUCUCAAAAGACCUUGUUGAUGUGCAGAUUGAGGCCAAUAAAAUGAGAGAGAGGUAUGAAGCGGAGAUCUUUGAACUGAAAAACAUGGUUUUAUCUCAGGAGGGAACUGCCUCAUCUCUUCAGACAGAGCGUGACCGGCUCAGACAGGAAGUGUCAGCAGCAUUGGCCCGUUUAGAAGUCAUUGAGCGAAAUGAGCGUGACCUGGCCGAAGAGUACUCAGUGCUAAAGAGCAACUUCCUGUCAUUGAGCAGCGCUUAUGAAAGAGAACGCACGCAUUCUGUAGAGCUCAGCGCUGAGCUGCUCGCCCUCGCGCACACACACGACACGCUCCUGCAGGAGAGAGAGCGGACGCACAGACACACGCUGGAGGUGGAGAGGGUUCGAGCGCUCAUCAGCAGGGCGUCGCUGAACAGAGUUGGGCCAGAGGAGUUUGAACAGCGCAAGAGCCCACUGGAAAGAAACGGAGCACAGAAUAACCUGAGAGAUGAGCUAGAAAAACUGAGGAAAAGCUACGAGGGGCACCAACGACAACUAGAGGAGAAAGUUGUGGCCAUGGGGAGGGAACAACAGGAGAAUAAGAGAGCCAUUCAGAACACCCGACACGAGCUAUCCCAGCAGUCUGCAACACUGAUUAUAUCUCAACACCAGCUGAAGGAGGCCGAGACUGAGGUCUCUAAACUACAAAAUCAUCUGAAGGAACUCAAUAGAGAGUACAGGGCCCGACUUGCAAGCUAUAUUCAGGAUGUUUCAGAGUGUGUAACAGCAGCCGAUGGUGGUGAUCUGGGACAGUUGAAGGGGUUUGUUGAGUCCAUGCUGGAGGACGUAAAAGCGUCAUAUCGCUCCAGAGAGGAACAGCUCACCAAAGCCGCCAGAACGUACCGCAAACGCAUACAGGGUCUGAGCAAUGCCUUUCAACAGCUACUCAUUGCUUACAGACUGCAACGUGAGCAGAUUCUGGCACUCCCUGAACACGCUUUAGAGGCCGGACCCCCUGAGGCCCACUUCAGUCCCGCAGGGACCGAACCGAGAGGAGAGACUGAGAGAGAGCUACACAGACUGAGAGAGGACAAAGCCCGCCUGGAGAGCCAACUGAAACUGGCUCGAGAACAGAUGGCUGUGUUGUCAGAGUCUCCUCAGAGGGCUGGACUUACCCAAGAUGCCUGGAAUGAUGUUAAAAACCAGCUCAGAGAAAUAACCAAGUCCACACAGGAAGCUCAAGAAAGGGAGCGUGCCCAGCUGAUCACCAGAGCCACAGUUGCCGAGGAGCAGGUGUCUGAGCUGAAGGAGUAUGUGGACAAUCACCUGGGCAGGUAUAAACUGGAGAUUACGCGGCUGCGCAGGCUGCUGGGAGCACAGGAGGGAAGAUCAAAUAGUGCAAGAGACCAUAAGCCCCGCCCACCCCACAAGUCUUUCAAAAACAGCAGUAAUGAAAUAUAGUGCAGAAAUCCAUAAGCCCCACCCACUCCACAAAUCAAUCAAAACCAUAGUUUUUCAUAGGCCCCGCCCUAAUAAAUCAAUCAACAACAACAUUUAUGAGACAUAGUGCAUUAAAUAAGCUCCGCCCACUCCAUAAAUCAAACAAAAACAGCUGUUUAAAAAUAUAGUUUUUCAUAGGCUCUGCCCCCUCCAUAAAUCAAUCAACAACAACAUUUAUGAGACAGUGCAUUACAUAAGCUCCGCCCACUCCAUAAAUCAAUCAACAACAGCAGUUAUGAGAUAAACAACUGAAAUAGUGCUAAUACAGUUAGAUAUUUUUGCACCUGGGAAAAAAAAAUGAUUCAAAUACCAAUUUCAGCUCAGAAUAAGAAAGCAUAAUGGUGUGCUAAGAUUUCCUUAGCAGUCAUAAACAGUGUUAGCUAAUCAGUGAGUGUGUUUACAUGCACAAUCUUACACCACAUGACAUUUUAUCAGGGAAAGUUUAUAAAUGGCUUCAGUAAAACUCUGUAACAUUUAGAUUUUUUGCCUGUUACUCCAAUUUUGUUUAGCAUGUAAACACCAUUAUCACAUCUGUUUAAGUUUAGAUGGUUUUCUUGUGUUGUCGGUUCACUGAUUUGCAUGUAAACCCUUAAAACAGGAUUUUUUGAUCAUUAUCAGCAUUUUGUUGUACAUAUAAACACUCGUUAAUGCGUCAUUUGCAUUUUUAAGUGCAUUUUCACUCACGUUUAAUGCCAAGCUCACAAUGUUUCAUUUCAAGAAAUUUGGUUAAUUGCUGGUUCAGAUUAAAUAGCUGAUCUUUAAUUAUU